GGUGAAAGGAACAAUGGCUUUGAUGUCCUCUACCACAACAUGAAACAUGGGCAUUUGUCAACAAAAGACUUAGCAGACUUUAUAAGAGAAAGGGCUACAAUAGAGGAGGCAUAUUCAAGGUCAAUGGCAAAACUGGCCAAAUCAGCAAGCAAUUACACACAACUUGGGACAUUUGCACCAGUUUGGGAUGUCUUCAAAACCUCUACAGAAAAACUAGCAAGCUGUCACUUGGAUCUUGUACGGAGAUUACAAGAGCUAAUAAAAGAAGUUCACAAGUAUGGAGAUGAACAAAUCAAAGCUUAUAAAAAGACUAAAGAAGACGUUUCGGGAACAUUGGAAGCAGUGCAAAAUAUUCAAAGUAUCACUCAGGCCUUACAGAAAUCAAAGGAAAACUACAAUGCAAAGUGUGUCGAACAAGAACGUUUGAAGAAGGAAGGAGCAACACAGAGAGAAAUUGAUAAGGCAGCAGUUAAAUCAAAAAAAGCUACAGAUACCUAUAAACUAUAUGUGGAGAAAUAUGCUGCGUUUAAAUCUGAUUUUGAACAGAAAAUGACAGAAACUGCACAAAAAUUUCAAGACAUUGAAGAAAUGCACCUUCUUCGUAUGAAAGAGAUUAUAGAAUCAUUGUCAAAUACCAUAAAAGAAACUCAUUUACAAAUAGGAGAGGUGCACGAAGAGUUUAUUAAUAACAUGACAAACACUACAGUUGAGAGUUUAAUACAGAAAUUUGCUGAGUCAAAAGGAACUGGGAAGGAAAGACCUGUAAAGAUUAAGAAAGAAAAGUAUGAAAAGUUGUUGCCACAUGAAAUAGAAACUGCUUGGAAGUACGAGCUCAUGUUCUUCUUAGAUCUUCUCUGGGAAAUUGGCAGGAUAAUAUCUAAUGUGUUUGAAGAGAUGGUAGAGGAGCCAACAAGGAGAGAAGAACUCCUGGACCUUGUACUGAUAAACAAGGAGAGACUGGUCGAGGAGGUGAAGGUGGGGGGCAGACUUGGCUGUAGUGACUAUGAGAUUGUGGAGUUCAGGAUCACAUGCAGUGGACACAGAGCAACAAGCAGAACCGCAGCCCUGGACUUCAAAAGGGCUAACUUUGGCCUCUUCAUGGAGCUGCUUGGAGAAAUUCCAUGGGAUAGGGCACUAGAUGGUAGGGGGGCCCAAGAGAGCUGGUUAAUAUUCAAGCACCAUUUCCUCCAAGCUCAGGAUCAGAGCAUCCUGAAGAGUAAGAAAUCAAGUAGAAGAGCCACUACAUCUGCAUGGUUGAGCAGGGAGCUACUGGAUAAACUCAAGUGGAAGAAGGAGGUUUAUAGAACAUGGAAGAAGGGGCUGACCACUUGGGAGGAGUACAAGAAUGUUGUCAGAGGAUGUGGGGAUACAAGUAGGAAAGAUAAGGCCUCCUUAGAAUUAAAGCUGACAAGGGAGGUCAAGGACAACAAGAAAGGCUUCUUCAAGAACACUGGAGGCGAAAGGAAGACUAGAGGAAAUGUGGGCCCACUGCUGAAUGAA